GCUCAUUCAUCUUCCGUCUUUACUGUGUGCUGUGAACGCGUCAGGAGAGGAAAGAAAAACGCUCCUCCUGUCAGAAGCUGAGCUUUAAUUUGGCGUUAAAACAUCUGUGAACUGUGAAACAUGCAUCUGCGGUCAGACACCUGAAGCUUCCGGUCUUCGAAUAAACUUCAUCCAACUCCUCUGCAGUCAGGAGCAAAGAGGUGACGCUUGUCGUGGACCCUCAACUGAUCGCUCUGCUUCUCUAAACCUCUCCGACCCCUCAGCUGCUCCUGAUGGAAGCCACAGGAAAAUACGACUUUACUGCAACAGCAGACGAUGAGCUCAGCUUCCGAAAGGGAGAUAUACUGAAGGUUUUAAGCCCACAGGACGAGUGGUGUAAGGCAGAAAUAAACGGACAGGAGGGAUACGUGCCGCAAAACUACAUUGAAAUGAAGACUCCAAUGUGGUUCCAGGAGAACGCCAGUCGCAACGCUGCAGAGGAGCUGCUGAGGUAUAAAAACGUGGGAGACUUUGUGAUUCGAGGCUGCCAGAGUUCCCCCGGAGACUUUUCCAUUUCUGUCAAACAUGAGAAUGACGUCCAGCACUUCAAAGUGAUGAGGGACAACAAAGGCCAGUACUUCUUGUGGUCGGAGAAGUUCACCUCCCUGAACAAGCUGGUGGAGUUUUACAAAAAGACGUCCAUCUCUAAAACCAGAGAGAUCUACCUGAACGACGGCAGCCUGGACAGCAGGGGUCCGUUCCCGGUCCCGUUCCCGGUCCCGGUCCCGUCCCCGUCGGUGAAGAGGGGAAGUUUGCCUGAACAGCGAACCGCGGCGGCAACCUUUGAUGUUACACCACGCAGAGCUUCAGACCAGCCUCUCACCCAGCUGACCAAGCGAGUCGGUCGGGAAGAGCGAUUUCACACCAUCGGCCCCACAGGAAUAAGCAGCCCAGCCAGCUCUGCUUAUCCUCCCCGCAACUGUGAAACCAUGCCUCUGCCUCAGAGGCCGUCCAUGAUGCAGGUGAAGGCGCUGUACGACUUCAAAGCAGAGGAAGACGACGAACUCGGUUUCUGCGCCGGUGACAUCAUCGACGUGUUGGACUGCUCCGAUGCGUCGUGGUGGAAAGGGAAGCUGGGACGGAGGAGCGGUUUGUUUCCUGCAAACUACACGGCAUCGAUGUGAGGAAACCCCUCGAUGACGCUUUUAAUAGGCCUGCACACAAACUCAACCUGCAUGUGCUUCGAUGUGCGUUUCCCCAACGCCGAGCAGGCCUCCGAUCUCUGCACUGCAGGUCGACGACUGUUUCACACGGUGUUCAGGUUUUAUUGAACAUUGUUUAGAUGCAGAGGAGCAGAGGACAGCUUCAGAAACCUCCUACGUGUUCUACCAGCACUCAAAGUGCUGACGAGGAAUGUUCGCUUUUUUUAAUGACACGUCUGUCAGCAGGUAUUUAUUUGCUGAACGCUCGUUGGCCUUGCUGCUGACGAAUCGACUCUUUCUGCUCCUGUGUCGACAUGUUUUUGUACCGCAAAAAGUUUUAUAUAGACUUGUAUCUUCCUUGCAACUCACUGACUUGAAAAUAAAGUAUUUUUGAUCACUGGCA